AGCUUAAAAUACACAAAUUUAUUUUCUUAUAGUGCUGGAGUUCAGAGGUAAUAACCUCAAGGUGUUGUCAUUCCUUUGGAGGCUCUAGGAUUGAAUCUAUUUCCUUAACUUUCAAGCUUCUAGAGGCUGCCUUUAUUCCUACGAUCCUGGCUCCUUCCUCCAUCUUCAAAGCCAGCAACAUAGCGAUUUCCCUUUCCUCCCUCCCACACCUAUUCUCCACCAUUCCUUCCCUCUCUCUGUGCUUUCGUCCUCUUAUCUUCUCUGACUGACCCUCCUGCCUCCUUAAGAAAUUUUGUAAUUCCAUAGGGCCCACCUGUAUAAUCCAGAAUCAUCUUCUCAUCUCCAAAUCUUUAACUUAAUCAUAUCUGCGAAGUCCCUUUGGCCGCAUAACUAAGACAGGUACAUCUUUGAGGGCCAUCAGCCUACUACCACACAAAGCAAAUUAAGUAGAAAAUAACGUUUGCCUCUUUUAUACCUUGAGUCCACCAGCUGCAUGUUGCCCUUUGCAAGUUUGUUUUCUACUUCAAGGCCAUCUUAGUUGUCCAUUUUAACUAGCCUUUCCUCACAAAAUGGUGGUAUGUGGCUCCCCCCACUGAUAUUUCUCUGAGGCCUUGUAGCUCUCUAAGACAGCACCAGUUUAACUCACAAGUCAACAAACUGGAACACUUCAACCAGAGACAUUGACAUCCCCCUCUAAUGAACUCAGCUGAUUGCUAAAGACAGAUGCUUCGUUAGAGCCAAACAUUCCUACCUUACAUAACUAAAUAUGAUAAUAAAUUAAGUUCUUGGGGCUGGAAAUAGUUAUAAUUUCCUCUUUCUUGCAGUGAAAAGGCAUGGAACAUUUAGCAAACUGAUCCUGGCUUAAUUUCUACCGAUACUAUGCAGCACAAACUCUUAUUUGAUGCAGAUUAUAAAUCGAAAAUUAGCAAUGAAUACUAUGCAUCGCUUUAGUGGUAAGAGGCUGCUGAGUAGCUUUUUUUCCCCAGUAAUCGUAGAGGCAAGACUUGAUAUUUUUAUGUCACUUUUACUAAGAAGGGGGGAAACAUUUUGCUAUUAAUCUUAAAGAGAAGUCUUUUGCUCCUAGUUACGUGGAGUAACAGGGAAUAGAUUUACCUUCCUGCCUCAAAAAAGUGAAGACCAGAAAAACAUUUGUUUUCAGACACUGGACAGCAGGCACUGUUACGGCUGUGAUUUUACAACUGCUCCUACAUGCUGGGAGCAGUCGCUAGAUGCAUCUCAAGGUGGGUCGUCAGCGCUUCCAGACUCAGCACAAUCGACAUUUAUUUACGUAGGUAAAAUUACUGUUGCUAUGGGUAAAUUCACAGAAAUAAAGCCCAGAGAAUCCGGUUGGCUGGCAGGGAGCGGCGGAACCAAUCCCGGGCUCAGCAAGUUCUCGCGAUACCGUGAGAUCUGCAGUCCUGACGACACCGCCGCUGAAAUGUUAGUGAGACUGUAGGGUGGGCGGUGCGAGCGGCGGUUAGCUCCCGGCUUGGCUUCUCUGAGGAAAACGGGCGUUCGCCUGCGGUUGGUCCGACUGUUAGCAACAUGAGCGGCCUGGAUGGGGUCAAGAGUACCCCUCCCCUCCAAACCCACAGCAUCAUUAUUUCUGACCGAGUCCCGAGCGACCAGGACGCACACCAGUACCUGAGGCUCCGCGACCAAAGCGAGGCGACACAGGUGAUGGCGGAGCCGGGUGAGGGAGGCUCGGAGACCGUCGCGCUCCCGCCUCCACCGCCUUCAGAGGAGGGGGGCGUACCCCAGGAUCCCGCGGGCCGUGGCGGUACUCCCCAGAUCCGAGUUGUUGGGGGUCGCGGUCAUGUGGCGAUCAAAGCCGGGCAGGAAGAGGGCCAGCCUCCCGCCGAGGGCCUGGCAGCCGCUUCUGUGGUGAUGGCAGCCGACCGCAGCCUGAAAAAGGGCGUUCAGGGUGGAGAGAAGGCCCUAGAAAUCUGUGGCGCCGAGAGAUCCGCGUCUGAGCUGACGGCGGGGGCGGAGGCCGAGGCGGAGGAGGUGAAGACAGGAAAGUGCGCCACCGUCUCAGCAGCCGUGGCUGAGAGGGAGAGCGCUGAGGUGGUGGUGAAGGAAGGCCUGGCGGAGAAGGAGGUAGUGGAGGAGCAGAUGGAGGUAGAGGAGCAGCCGCCAGAAGGUGAAGAAAUAGAAGUGGCGGAGGAGGAUAGAUUGGAGGAGGAGGCGAGGGAGGAGGAAGGGCCCUGGCCUUUGCAUGAGGCUCUCCGCAUGGACCCUCUGGAGGCCAUCCAGCUGGAACUGGACACUGUGAAUGCUCAGGCCGACAGGGCCUUCCAACAGCUGGAGCACAAGUUUGGGCGGAUGCGUCGACACUACCUGGAGCGGAGGAACUACAUCAUUCAGAAUAUCCCGGGCUUCUGGAUGACUGCUUUUCGAAACCACCCCCAGUUGUCCGCCAUGAUUAGGGGCCAAGAUGCAGAGAUGUUAAGGUACAUAACCAAUUUAGAGGUGAAGGAACUCAGACACCCUAGAACCGGCUGCAAGUUCAAGUUCUUCUUUAGAAGAAACCCCUACUUCAGAAACAAGCUGAUUGUCAAGGAAUAUGAGGUAAGAUCCUCCGGCCGAGUGGUGUCUCUUUCUACUCCAAUUAUAUGGCGCAGGGGGCAUGAACCCCAGUCCUUCAUUCGCAGAAACCAAGACCUCAUCUGCAGCUUCUUCACUUGGUUUUCAGACCACAGCCUUCCAGAGUCCGACAAAAUUGCUGAGAUUAUUAAAGAGGAUCUGUGGCCAAAUCCACUGCAAUACUACCUGUUGCGUGAAGGAGUCCGUAGAGCCCGACGUCGCCCGCUAAGGGAGCCAGUAGAGAUCCCCAGGCCCUUUGGGUUCCAGUCUGGUUAACAUUUGCCCUUGGGAAUACUCCUGCACAGGGUCUCCUACCACCUUCUGCUGGACCUGUGCUUGGGCAUCAGCAAUGGGUAUGCCUUCUAUUGUGCUUUGUUUUUGCUGACUUUUCUGCACCCUCUUUCCUUUGGAUAUUCAGUUCUCUCAACCUCAAGAUUGAGACGGUGGUGGGUAUGCUUCUCCACUUCCAUAUGACCUUCAUGCUGUUCUGGAAUAUCACAUGCUACGAGGCCAUCCUUCACACUACUUGUAAGCCAAGCAAAUGAUACUGUAGAUUGUACUGGCUUUAUCUGCACUGCUUGGACCCUGUUUAUUCCCAGGGCCUCUGAACUGGUUGCUGUCACUUGGAUUUCUAGCUUUGGGAGCCUGUUCCACCUACUCAGCUCUGCAUUGAGCAGUAUGGGCACAUGCCCUGUGGACAGUUACUGGACGUUAAUGAACUCAGAGGAGAAAAGCAGUGAGCCACUUGUUCUGUGUGAUUUAUGCUACUUCAUUGCUCUUCCUUCACCUCUAGUCACUUUCUAUUGCUACCUGCCCUACAUUGGCUCCUGCCAAGGUCCCUUUCUCUCCCUAUUUUCCUUUUUUUCUUUUUUUUUUUUUGAGACGGAGUCUUGCUCUGUCGCCCAGGUUGGAGUGCAGUGGCGCGAUCUCGGCUCACUGCAACCUCCACCUCCCGGGUUCAAGCGAUUCUCCUGCCUCAGCCUCCCGAGUAGCUGGGACUACAGGCGCGCGCCGCCACGCCUGGCUAAUUUUUAUUUUUAGUAGAGACGGGGUUUCACCAUGCUGGCCAGGCUGGUCUCGAACCUCGACCUCGUGAUCCGCCCUCCUUAGCCUCCCAAUCCUCUCUCUUAAAAAAGUGAUAGCUCAGAAACAUUUGUAAAAGCAAGGUUUUUAUUUCAUUUUGGCUCUGUCAUUUUCAGAGGCAAAGAAGUUGGCCUGUAAAAUAGAGUCCUAGAGCUCUUACGCCCCUCCCCUUCUUCCCAACUUCCUACUUCCUAGCCCUUUUAUCAACUCCUAGAAUAUUUAAAGAGAGACACAUCUAGACGGGAUGAAAGGUGCCCUAAGCAGGAGAAACUGAACAAAAGGCUAGAGGCAUGGGCCAGGUAAAAAUUGGGCCUAGAGUGAAGACUGUGCUGACGUUAAGAGCUUUAGAGGAAGGAGUACUUACUCCCCAAUGAUGAUGAAUGGAGAAAUACUUUUCAGGAUUGCUAAAGGAGAAUUGAAGGGGUUAAAGUGUUAAAUAUGUUGCCUAGACAAGGGUUCUUUAAAGAAAGACAAACAGCGCAACUUUGAAUGCUUUCUUGUUUUGUGACCUAAUUUAUGUGGAAGAUUGUUAUUUCAUUAGGAUUUAGUAAAAUCUUUUUUUUUUUCUGAUUCUAAACUUAUUGUGAAAAUUGAGCUGUACAGAUAUUCUUUUGAUUUCAAUUGGGAACAUUUGGAAGAGCAACAGUCUUACUUUCCUGUACAAUAUAGAGACAUAUGAAUAGUCAUAACAGUUUUCAACUUGUUCUUGUUUCUGUUAAACUAUAUUCCUAGAAACAUAGUUUGAACAACUUGGUCUUUGUUAGGCUUGUCAAAUUGCCUUCAUGGAAAAAUAAUCUACAAAAGUGUGGUUUAAUUGAUUGUCUUACAUGAUAAUUUUCCCUGGUAACAACUUAGUAAGUGAUGUAUCUUUUUUCCUAAAUUGCUUAAAUACUGUGAAAUUGCUCUGACAAAUUGAAGUGUACCAUUGGCGUAUUUGUCUUCCUUUUUAUGCAUGAUGGUAAAAUAAAAGCAUGUUGUUCUGCUA